AUGUCGACUAAUCCUCGAGACGGACUUGUCUGGGACGAUUCGGGUUGGGCCCUUGAACCCAAGUGGGCAUCUGAGCCCAGCAUCGAAGCGAUCCAAGCAACAUGCCAGCGGGUGCUACAGCUUGAUGCUUCAGACGACUGUUCGGUGUCGUUCAAGACCGAAGGCGCCUUCAACAAAGUCUACGUGGUCGAGGACAACUGUGAACGGAGAUGGAUCUUUCGAGUCGCCCUCCCCGUUGACCCCCACAAGAAGACUGCUGGAGAAGCGGCAACUCUCUGCUGGCUUGAACGCCACUCAGACAUUCCAGCACCCAAAGUGAUUGCUUUCGACGAUUCUAGCGACAAUGAGAUAGGAUAUGAAUGGAUCCUCAUGGAGAUGAUGCCCGGAGUUACGGCGCACCAUCGAUGGCGCGGGAUGUCGUGGGAGGCGAAGACAACCUUUGUUGAGAAGAUUGCCGAAUAUCAAGCACAACUCUUCAACAACACGCAAUUCCGUACCAUUGGCACCUUGAAGGAUGUCAGUCUCGAAGAUGAUGCCAAGUUGGAACCUGGACAGUUGGUUGAUGGCAUGUUCUUCAUGGGUAAGCGUUAUGACGUGGAUGUCCCUCGAGGGCCAUUUCGCUGUAGCUACGACUGGCUCAAGUCGUACAUCACUGUCAUCAUUGGAGACCAAAAGAGAGUAGUAAAGGAACACUCGAACUCGGAUUCAGACUCUGAUUCAUCCUCCAACUCAUCCUCCUCCGACAGCUCAUCCUCCUCCGACAGCUCAUCCUCCUCCGACAGCUCAUCCUCAGACUCAAGCUCAUCUUCAGACAACAGCUCAGACUCAUCAGACUCAGACGCAGAGGAAAAAGCCCACGCUGAGUACAGUAUUGAAGUUGCUGAGCUACUCUCUGAUCUUCUGCCCGAUAUCUUCCCCAAAACCCUGAACCCACCGGAGCCAACAGUACUGCUGCACGGUGACCUUAAUCUGAACAAUAUCCUGGUCGACGACGAUGGAGCUAUCACAGCUAUCAUAGACUGGGAAUGCGCCUCGGCGGUGCCUCUCUGGACUACUACGCGUAUGCCCCAGUUCCUUCGCGGGCGAGACCGUGAAGAACUCCCGGAUCCUGAUGGGUACAUGGCUGCUGAUGAAGAGAUGGAGGCUGCGAGACGAAUUCGCGAUGGCGACUAUUAUCUCGAGAGCGAAGGCAAGAACAUCCUCUACUGGGAUCACCUCAUGGAAUAUGAGCAAACAAAGCUCAGAAAGGUGUACACGGACCGCUUGUCUCAGCUCUGUCCUGUAUGGGGAAGGGAGGUUACUGAGAGCGGGCUGAAGAUGGAUUUCUACCAGGCGAUUUAUCAGUGCACCAUCGGUUGGCGUUUGUUGACGAUUGACGACUGGGUUGGGGAGAUUUGGGAGGGAAACUUCUUUACAAUGGCCGAGAUGAUGGAGCCGGGCCGUAGCGUAGACAAGCCAGAUUGUUAG